AUGGCGCCCACGACGAGCGUUCCAAGCAAGAACGACAUCCUCGUCCCCGAGACGCUCUUGAAGAAGAGGAAGUCCCAGGAGAAGGCCAGGGAGGAGCGCGCCCAGGCUACCAAGGACAAGCGAGAGAAGAACAAGAAGAAGCGGGAGACCAUCUUCACCCGUGCGGAGAAGUAUGUGAAGGAGUACCGUGAUGCCGAGAGGGAGAAGGUCCGCCUUUCCCGCGAGGCCAAGAAGGAGGGUAACUUCUACGUUCCCGCCGAGAACAAGCUCGCCUUUGUUGUCCGCAUCAAGGGUAUCAACAAGAUCGACCCCAAGAAGAGGAAGACUCUCCAGCUUCUCCGUCUCCUCCAGAUCAACAACGGUGUUUUCAUCAGGUUGACCAAGGCCACCAUUGAGAUGCUCAAGAUCGUCGAGCCCUACAUCGCCUACGGCUACCCCAACCAGAAGUCCGUCCGUGAGCUCAUCUACAAGCGUGGAUACGGAAAGGUCAACAAGCAGCGUAUCCCCUUGACCGACAACGAGAUCGUCGAGGAGAACCUUGGCAAGUACGGCAUCAUCUGCGUUGAGGAUCUCAUCCACGAGAUCUACACCGUCGGCCCCAACUUCAAGCAGGCCUGCAACUUCCUCUGGCCCUUCAAGCUCAGCAACCCCACCGGUGGCUUCAAGACCAGGAAGUUCAAGCAUUUCAUCGAGGGUGGUGACUUGGGUAACCGUGAGGAGCACAUCAACCAGCUCAUCAGGCAGAUGAACUAA